AUGGAGUCAAAGGCGCGGCAGCAGCUCGAGAAGGAUGUGCGGGAGACUGUGGCUGACGCGAACUCGCCGAUGGCGCAGCGCUACAUCCGCGAGUCGUUGAAGAAGAACAAAUUCACCAGCGCUCUCAUGCUGCUGGCACUCCUCACCCCGGCGGCGGUUCUCAUCUCCUUUUACUCCUCAAAGUUCCGGUUGAUCCGCGAGAAGUGGCGUGAUCCGUACGCGUUGCCGCCGGGCUUCGACCCGAACACGGGAGGGUACACCGCGGGCAGCGCGCCGAAGCCUCUCGCAGAUCCACCGUCUGCGCUUGUUUUAAAGAGCGCACCGGUAAGCUACAGGGAGAAGCCGUGA